GCUGAAAUAUGGAAAGAGCUUAGUAAAGCUGUAUCUUUUGGAAUUAUGAUCGAUAAAAUACUUGAUCAAAGUGAUGCAACAACAAUAACUACUAAAUUAAUUUGGCUAUUUCAAAGUUAUGAUAUUAUUAACAAAUUAGUAGCUUUUGCUUCAGAUGGUGCAUCUGUAAUGAUUGGAUGUAAAAAUGGUAUUGCACAAAAAUUAUCACAAAUUUGUCUGUAUAUUGUCUAUAAUCAUUGUAUAGCACAUCAUUUAGCAUUAGCUUGCAAAGAUUCACAAAAGCAAAUUGAUUAUUUCAAUAAUACCGAGACUAUUAUAAGAGACAUAUACAAAUAUUAUAAAAAUUCUGCAAAACGAUAUGAUGCUGUAAAAAAUUUUGUUAAAACAUUACCAGCUAUUCUUUUACAACUUCAACAUAACAAUAAUAAGAGUAAUCUUUAUUUUCAAGAUAUUAUUUCUAUAAUUGAUGCUACAACUACAAUCAUUCAAAAAGAUUAUCUCGUAGAUACUUUAGAUAUUCGAAAUCAUUAUCUGGGCUAUAAUCUUCAACUUUUUAUCAAUCAUACAAAUCUAUUCAAUAAGCAAACAGGCGAAUUACUUUCCUUUCUAGUUCGUGAUUAUUCUGAUAUUUUUCCUAACAUGAUUAAACUUGCUCAUAUUACUAAUAGCAUUCCUUUUUCAAGUUUAGAUUGUGAACGUGGAUUUUCCAAACAAAAUACAAUUAAAACCCAUUUGUGUAUCUCUUUAACUACAUUUACUUUAGAUGCGUUUAUGAGAAUUUCAUUAGAAGGAAAGAAAAGUAAAGAAAUAAAUUGA